GCGUGGGUGCGGCGCGGCUUCACGUGACGGGCGCAGCGGGCUGCGGGGGGUCUCUUUCCUGCGCUGGGCGCCACAGCGACCGGGCCUUCUGACCGUGAGAUCUGCAGCUCUCACGCCUGCCCCCAGCCCGUCCUCCCAGCGCACGCCGUCAGGCAGCUUAACCACCCGACCCCGCCCGGUUCCCGCUCCGGUGGCCCCGGUGCCCAUGGCGGCCCCCGGUAGCUCCCGGUGGCAGCCGCUGCUCCUGCUGUUACUCGCAGGCCUCAUGCACGGUGCAUCAGCAGUGUUUGAGGUGAAAGAUGGCAACGGUACCGCUUGUAUAAUGGCCAACUUCUCUGCUGCCUUCUUGACCAACUAUGUUACCAACAGUGGCUCUAAGAAUGUGACCUUCGACCUGCCAUCUGAUGCAGGAGUAUUAAAUAGCAGCUCCUGUGGUAAAGAGAACGUGUCUAACCCCAGUCUCGUGAUUGCUUUUGGAAAAGGACAUAAACUGACCCUCAAUUUCACAAGAAAUGCAACACGCUACAGUGUCCACAAGAUGAGUUUUGUUUAUAACUUGUCAGACACAGAGAUUUUCCCUAAUGCAAGCUCCAAGGAAAUCAAGACUGCAGAAUCGAUAACUGACAUCAUGGCAGACAUAAAUAAAAAAUACAGAUGUAUGAGCAGCAACCAGAUCCACAUGAAGAAUGUUACUAUCACGUUCAGUGAUACCAUCAUCCAGGCAUACCUGUCAAACAAUAGCUUCAGCAAGGAAGAGACGCGCUGUAAGCAAGAUGAACCUUCCCCGCCAGCUCCACCGACAACAGCGCACCCCUCGCCACCCCCUACCCACCCGUCACCACCUCACCCUUCGCCAUCACCAGUGCCUGAGAGCCCCCAUGUAGACAACUACAACGUGAGUGGUACCAACGGGACCUGUCUGCUGGCCACCAUGGGGCUGCAGCUGAACAUCACCUAUAAGAGGAAGGACAACACGACGGUGACAGGAGUGUUCAAUAUCAACCCGAAUAAGACCCAUGUCAAUGGGAGCUGCACGCCCCAGCUGGUGACCCUGGAGUUCCACAGCGAGAACAUCAGGUUCCUAAUCUUCCAGUUUGGAAUGAAUGCAAGUUCUAGCCGGUUUUUUCUGCAAGGAAUCCAGUUGGACAUGAGUCUUCCUGAAGCCAAAGACCCCACCUUCAAGGCCACCAACAACUCACUGAGAGAAUUUCAGGCCACCAUGGGGAAUUCCUACAAGUGUAACUCCGAGGAGCACAUCCGGGUCACAGAUGCCUUUUCCGUCAACAUCUUUAAAGUGUGGGUCCAGGCUUUCCAGGUAGAAGGCAACAAGUUCGGGUCCGUGGAAGAGUGCCAGCUGGAUGAGAACAACAUGCUGAUCCCCAUCGCCGUGGGUGGCGCCCUGGCGGGACUGGUCCUCAUCGUCCUCAUCGCCUACCUCAUCGGCAGGAAGAGGAGCCACGCCGGCUACCAGACAAUUUAGCCGAAGAGCCCCAGAAGCUGCAGGGCCGCGGUUCAUUUCCCUGAGCUUAGAUUGAUGUUGGGGGAGGCACACUUUAUUGCAAACUGAUUUUCAGAUCUGCUUUAUCCAAUGUGAAGUUCAUCUUGCAACAUCUAUGCACAAAAGAGUAACUAUUGCAAUGACGGUGUUAAUUUUGCUAACGGGGUUAAAUAUUUUGCUAACUGGUUAAACGUUAAUAUUUACCAAAGUAGAACUUGGAGGUGGGGGGAGGGUAAGAGUGCUUUUCUAAAUGGGCACUGGCUCCACUAUCAUUUGGCUUUUUAAGGUUCUGGUGUUUGGUGUCUUUAUUCUGGACUCAGAUAUGAGUCUUCCAAAGGGAGGGUCUCUGGUCUUAACACUUCAAACUGAUGAAGGCUGGCUAACUGUUAGACUGACAGAGUUAAUAAAUUAGUAGAGAGAAAAAAAUGUAAAACGGAAGUACUUCAGAAGGUGAAACUCUGGAAUGCUUAAAUUAAGCUUCAGAAGCCGGGACAGGCCUGGCCCCCACGGGCUGCACGGCUCAAUACUUGAGCAGGCAUUAAAGCGACUGGUCUCUGCCUGCUCUGCCACUCGGGAGCGGCACUUUUUUAAAUAGAAAAAUGGGUGUUAUUUUUAUUUACUUUUUUUUUUGUAAAGUGAUUUUCAGUCUUCUGUUGGAGGUUCAGGGUGAUCCUGUGUCUGCACUCGUGUACAAUAAUCAGUUUCACUCUCUGAUUUAUCCGCUUGCGGCUCAGGUGGGCUGUGCACUGAGGGUCCCUUCAUGUAACGCAUUGCUGUAACAAUGCUAAUAAAAUGUCUCUUUCUUUCUCUGUCUGGA